AUCGGACAAAACGUUACAGAUCACUGUGAUCUUUUAUUUGCUACUGCAUAUGAAGCUAAGUGGUACAAAACUCCUGUACAUAUACAAAAAUUCAUACUAUUUCUAUUGAUAAAAGGCAACAAGCCUUUUGGCCUAAAAGUUGGUGGAUUGUUCAUAGCAUCUUUACAAUGUUUCUCAAUGCUCAUAAACGCGGCCUUGUCUUAUUUCAUCGCCAUCUAUUCUAUGCGAUAA